ACAAAAAGAAAUUGGUCGCUUCAUUGCAACUUCCACAGUUUCACCAUUAUAUUUAUAUACAACACAGAGGCGAGGACAAAGGGUGACAUAGCUUCCCUUCCCAUAUCUAUCCCACCAUUUCCAUUUCUGAUUUCUCUCUUACCAAACAAAUACUACUUUUCAUCCUUCUUCUUCUUUAUUAUAACCUCCAAUUCUCUCAAAAUGGAUCUUUUUUCCUCUACUUCUGCUUUAUACAUAGCUCUCACUUUGCUCACAAUCUCCAAAGGUAUAUCAGGGGCUACAUUUACUCUAAUAAACAGAUGUGGCUACACAGUAUGGCCUGGUAUUCUGUCCAAUGCUGGUAGUUCUCCGUUAGAAACUACCGGAUUCCAGCUUCCUCCCGGCGGCUCUCGAUCGUUUCAAUCACCACCAAAUUGGUCGGGUCGAUUUUGGGGCAGAACUGGUUGCACAUUUGACCCGGCUACUGGUCAGGGUAGCUGCCUAACAGCUGAUUGUGCCUCUAACCAAAUUGAGUGCAACGGUAGAAAUGCUAAGCCACCUGCCACUCUAGCAGAAUUCACAAUCGGGUCUGGUACACAAGAUUUCUACGAUGUUAGUCUAGUUGAUGGAUACAACUUACCAAUGGUUGUUGAACCGAAUCGUGGGUCUGGUAAUUGCUUGUCAACCGGGUGUAUAACCGAUUUAAACCAACAGUGUCCGGCAGAGUUAAAGGACGGAUCAGGCCAGGCUUGUAAGAGUGCUUGUGAGGCUUUUGGAACACCUGAGUACUGUUGUAGCGGCGCAUUUGCGACACCAGACACGUGUAAGCCAUCUGUUUAUUCGCAGAUGUUUAAAGCUGCAUGUCCAAGAUCAUAUAGCUAUGCCUAUGAUGAUGCCACUAGCACAUUUACAUGUACAGGAGCUGAUUAUGUCAUAACAUUCUGCCCUUCAGUAGCUAGUCAAAAAUCUGCAACAGGGUCUCAAACUACGACUACGAGUACAGCCACUGGGUCAGACACAGGAUCCGGGAACGAGCCAAGCGGGAUCAAUAGUUCAUGGUGGACAGACAUUUUCACAGGAGGUUCGUCUAGAGCUGUUCCUUCUUCUGCUUGGCUCUUGGCAUUGAUUGGUUCUACAAUUUCCUGUCAGCUCCUCUCUUUCCUUUAUUUAUAGAGUAUAAACUCUGGUAUUUCUCCAAAUGCACAUGCAAUGAUGACUUUUUUGGAGCUGUUUUGCAUAGAAAGGAAAGGCUGACUAACAGAUGAUGCAAUUCCAGAUCGUAAAGCCAAUUUUCCAGGCCAUACAUGUAUAGAAAAAAUUAUAAAUUUUUAAUUUUUUUUCCAGGAAGCAUAGCAAUUAUAUAUGAAGUGUUGGGUUUUAUUUUUAUUUUUAUUUUUAUUUAAUUUCUUGUAGAAAAAAAUUAGAAAACGAGAGAAUUGCAAGAUUGGAAAAUUAAUGAUUAUUGUAAUUGAUUUAGAAAAAAAAGAAAGUUCCUUUACUGUGAAUCUUCAAUCUUGA